UCUGUAGAAGCUAGCUCCCUGCGUAUUUCUCUGUGUCUAGAAGCUAGCUCAUCUACUCUCUCUGUGUGUAUAGAAGCUCCUUACUGCUAUACUACUGUUACUUACCUACAGACAGACAGGCAGGCAGGCAGGCCUCUCAGAGCUACUGUUAUUCCGCUCUCCUCUGGGCCAGCUGGGAGUCAGGAAGGAACCAGGGAGGAAUUUGGGGAGUGCCAUUUUAAGGUUUCCUAUAUUUUCUCCUUCCUCUUUCAGCACCAGAACAACACAACAGAGACAGGAGCUAACUGGCUGUAGUUACAGGGAAACGAGCUCUAUGCUGUAUCUACUGUGUCAAGUGAUCAGAGGAGAGAGAAAAUGACAGCCAGGAGGGAGGACAGAAAGAGGGGGUAAAGGAGGAGGCGAUCCCAGCGUUCAUUGUGGUCUGUUUGUGAACAGAGUGGUCUGCUGGUGUUCUGCUCCUUCAGAGGAGAGGAGAGGAGAUUGAGUGAUCAGUUGAAUUGAAGUGUCUCUGAGGAGAGAUUACCGACUGAGCCUCAGCCGAGCCCAGCUCAUGAAAGAUGAGUCCAGACUGAGGGCAGAUAGCCUACAGGCUGUGGUGGUGGUGAAGARGUGAAAGGUGAAGAGGUGCUUGUCCUCUCUCUCCCUGUGAAUGUCUGUCGCCAUGGCGAAGCGUGAGACGGGCAGCACCAGCCCAGUGGUCCGGCAGAUAGACAAACAGUUCCUGGUCUGCAGCAUCUGUCUGGACCACUACCACAACCCUAAAGUCCUGCCCUGCCUACACACCUUCUGUGAGAAAUGCCUACAGAACUACAUCCCCCCUCAGUCUCUGACACUAUCGUGUCCAGUGUGUCGUCAGACGUCCAUCCUGCCAGAGAAGGGCGUGGCCGCGCUGCAGAARAACUUCUUCAUAACCAACCUGAUGGAGGUGCUGCAGAGGGACCCAGAGUGUUCUCCUCCAGAGGCCUGCAGUGUGCUGGAGUCAGUCAGUGCUGCUGCCGCCUGCCAGCCGCUCUCCUGCCCCAACCACGAGGGCAAGGUGAUGGAGUUCUACUGUGAGUCGUGUGAGACUGCCAUGUGUCUGGAGUGUACUGAGGGAGAGCACAGGGAACAUGUGACUGUCCCUCUGAGAGAUGUCUUGGAGCAACAGAAAGCAGCCCUUAAGACCCAGCUGGAUGCCAUACGCAACAGGCUGCCCCAGCUGAGGGCUGCUAUAGAGCUGGUAGGGGAGAUCUCCAAGCAGCUGACUGACAGGAAGAACGAGGCGGUGACAGAGAUCAGCAGUACCUUUGAGGAGCUAGAGAGGGCGCUACACCUCAGGAAGACCACCCUCAUCACUGACCUGGAGAACAUCUGCUGCACCAAGCAGAAGGUGCUCCAGGCCCAGCUCUCUUCUCUCCUGCAGGGUAAGGACAACAUCCAGAGCUGCAGUAGUUUUACGGAGCAGGCUCUGAGCCAUGGCAGUGCUACAGAGGUUCUGCUGGUCCAGAAACAGAUGGGGGAGAGGGUCAGCGCCCUGGCUCGACACACCUACCCAGAACAGCCCCAUGAGAACGGCCAUCUUGACUGCCAGGUGGAGACAGAGGGUCUACGUCGUUCUAUCCAGAACCUGGGCGUGCUCAUCACAACGGGAGCCAUUGGCCACACCUCCGUCGCCACGGGAGAAGGACUACGCCACACACUGGUUGGCCAACACACCACUGUCACAGUGACGACCAAGGACAAGGACAGCGAGCUGGUGAAGACGGGCAACGCGGCGCUGCGGGCCGAGAUUAUGUCGGUGGACGGGGCGGUAACCACGGAGACAGAGGUGGUGGAUAAUAAGAAUGGGACGUAUGAGGUGGGCUAUACCAUGCGCUCUGAGGGGGAGUUCUCCUUCUCUCUCCUCCUGUACGACCAGCCGGUCAGGGGCAGUCCGUUCCGGCUGCGUGCGGUCAAGCCCUCGGARGUCCUGCAGUCUCCAGACGAUGUGAAGAGGAGGGUGAAGAGUCCUAGUGGGACGGGGGGCCACAUCAGACAGAAGGCUGUGAGGAGACCCUCCAGUAUGUACAGCACCACCAAGAAGAAGGAGAACCCCAUCGAGGAUGAACUCAUCUACAGAGUCGGAACCAGAGGGAGAGAUAAAGCAGAGUUUACAAACCUCCAGGGAAUCUCCACCUCCAGCAACGGACGCAUCGUAGUGGCUGACAGCAACAACCAGUGUAUACAGGUGUUCUCCAACGAUGGGGCAUUCAAGCUGAGGUUUGGGGUCAGGGGUCGGUCGCCGGGGCAACUGCAGCGCCCCACGGGGGUCACUGUGGAUAUGAACGGUGACAUCAUUGUGGCCGACUACGACAACCGCUGGGUCAGCAUCUUCUCCUCCGACGGGAAGUUCAAGAGUAAGAUCGGGGCGGGUCGUCUGAUGGGCCCUAAAGGAGUGGCGGUGGACAGGAACGGACACAUCAUCACCGUGGAUAACAAGGCCUGCUGUGUGUUCAUCUUCCAGGCCAAUGGGAAGCUGGUCACCAAGUUUGGAGCCAGGGGGACAUCAGACAGACAGUUCACAGAAAAAAGUGGUACAAACAUUUCACUGGAACCCAAGCUGAGUAAAUCUGGCCCUGCGUUCAGUCCCCACUUUGUGGCGAUCAACAACAAAAAUGAGAUUGUGGUAACAGACUUCCACAACCAUUCAGUGAAGGUGUACAGUGCAGACGGGGAGUUCCUGUUUAAGUUUGGUUCCCAUGGCGAGGGGAACGGACAGUUCAAUGCCCCGACAGGCGUUGCCGUGGACGCCAACGGGAACAUCAUCGUUGCCGACUGGGGGAACAGCAGAAUACAGGUGUUUGAUAGUUCCGGGUCGUUCCUGUCCUACAUCAACACCACAGCAGACCCUCUCUAUGGUCCACAGGGCCUGUCUCUCACCUCUGAUGGACACGUGGCUGUGGCUGACUCUGGCAACCACUGCUUCAAGGUUUACCGCUACCUGCAGUAGGUWGAACCAUUGCUUUAGGGACGGUCUGUUGCAGGCCUACCACUAUCAGGSUGCGUCCCAAAUGGCCCCCUAUUCUAUUCAUAGUGCACUACUUAUUAACAGAAACCCAUAGGGCUCUGGUCAAAAGUAGUGCACUAUAUAAGGAAUAGGUUGCCAUUUGGGAUGUACCCCAGAUCUGCGCCGGACAGACAAACCAACCACAGCCUGACCUGGGUCAAAAAAAUAGGUCAAAUACUUGAAAGUAUUUUAAGUGUUUGGGAUGUGCUUGAUUUACCUAUUUAUUUGAGUUUGCACUUUUGGGACUGUUCCAUUGGUUCAGGCAAACCAAAUCAAGUGCAGCACUUGAAGUAUUGGAAAGUAUUUGAUCUAAUGUAUGUAUUUUUGCCCCUAGGUCAGAGCACGUGCUAGCACUGAGCAACGACACAAACCAAUGUACUAUACAUAAUAUACAGGUGCAAUGAUCUUUCCAAUAGCUGUCCCUUUGAUUUGCACAUCUGAUCAGAUCCACCUCAUCCAGUUAGUGUUCUCUGAACCCCCCCAACAUCAUGAAGUGACAAUAUAACCCCAGUUUACUCCUCCAUGUGGUGUGUUAAUGGAGUUUACUGAGUCUGAAAUGGCACCCUAUUCUUUGUGUAGUUCACUACUUUUGACCAGGGCCCAUUGGGCUCUGGUCAAAAGUAGUGCACUAUGUUGGGAAUAAGGUGCCAUUGUGUGUAGAGUGUAUUUACCUCUUUGUUCAGUCAUUGAUGUAAAACUACAAGGAGGUAUGAAGGAGGUAUGAAGUGUGUAUAUACUGUAACUGAUAUUAGGAGACCAGAUCAGUGAUAGAUUGAAGUACAUGUAUAAUAAUUGAGCCAUGUUGUGAAGGAGCUCGUCCCAAUGCAUGAAGUUUUAUCUUUACCUUGUUAACUCAGACGUGACGAKAUAACAGUGGAGUUUAUGAACUGUUUCUUCGCCAUGGUCUAAGUGCAACGAAAAAUGUGCUUACAGUGAAACCAACCAARGACGCAAAGCAAAAGCUUUUGAAACAUAAUUUCUCUUUCAGGUGUAUCUAAGAACAAACUGACUUAACCUAAAGCCAUCUCACAUAUAAAAGGUCAUCACCAUCUGUGCAUUGAUUUGCUGUAUGAACUGUGUAUGCAUAACUGUAUACUGUGUAUAAUGGAUCAUUAUGCAGCUUAUCUGUGCUUUGAUUUUAAAACAUAUKUUUUGGUUAUUCCGAGAACAGCAGUCUAGCAUUCCAGCGUUUCUAUGUAUGGCAGCUGUCCUAAYGUGUGCUUUUUAAAUCAGMAGUUCAGCUGGAGAAGAGAUGUGUCAUGAUUAUUGCAUAUGUGAGCAGCAGAAUUAUUAUAAUCUUUGUUAAUAUCUGUUCUUUUUAAAAAGGAAAAAAAUUCUAAAUUGAAUUGCUAAUUUAUUUUAUUUUAUACACUAGUUCAGCAUUUACAAAUUAUUUUUCUAAUUUGAUGUUUUYUUUUUUAGAAAUUCACGCCUUUGUCAUUUGUCUCCAUAUAUAGUAAAAAACCCUAGCCACUUUGAGGGGAUUAGUAGAACAAACAGUGAGGAUUUAGAAUUUGAAAGAUUUGAUUUGCCAAAAAAUACAUAGAAGUGGGUUUUGAAUUGUGACAAGUUGGAGUACAUAUUGUAAACCAAUACCCAUGAUUAUAUUACUGAGUGUUAUUGAACAUGAAAAACUACAUUAGAUAUUUGACUAACAUCUGGGUUUCAGUCUUAAAUAAACACUGUCAACAGUAGAUUUACCAUUUAUAUAGUUUGUUUUCAGAAGCCACAGUGUGAAUGUAUCAACAGCUUCAGCGUGUGUUAAAGGACUAGAGUUACAAUGUUUCAUUGCCUGGUUAUCACAGUUCAUAGCAUUUCUUUACUGGGUUAUAACAGUUCAUUACCAAUUUAUAACAAUAUUGUCCUGAGGGAAACAUUAGCAUUAGAUGAGCAAUAGUGCUCUCACUCCCCCUGGUGUUCACCACUGUAACAACACAGCACCCUUGGUGCCAAAAUAGAGUCCCUAUAACCUCUCUGACGUCAUUAUGCCAAACAGCAGCCAGACAGACUGUGUAGCCAAUCACGGGUUGUUUUAUUAAGGAGUAUUAGACACAUCACUAUCUGUAUCUUUGUGUUUCAAAAAUAUGUCACUCAAUCUUCUUUCUAUUUUCUCUGUGAAUAUGCACUGGUAAUAAAAGCACAUGGUUUAUGA